UUUCAUUUCUGUUUCAGGCAAAACAACGUGCGUCCGUAAAAUGGCUUUUAUCGAAAGCAUUUAAUAACAAAGUUCCUGAAAAUCUUAAGGAGCCUUUUUACAAGGAUCAUGAGAGCCAGGAGCAUCUCAAACCUCAAAUAGUACUCUCUCUGGCUAAUGCAGAACUUUAUUGUAACGCUUUAGGUAACAUAUAUUCGGAUCCAAACUAUCACAAUCUAAAUCAUUGGUCGAUACUACAAACAUUGGCACGCAAAGGGAUUUAUGUCGAAGAACCCUCGGAUGGCGCUCAGCUCACGGAGACUACCCUUAUACAAACAAACCCGCUCAGAAUGAGUGCUCAUAUGGCCGUAAUAGAGGCCAUCAUGUUAUUGUACGCUAAAGAGGUUGUGAGUCCUGACAGAGUCCUGGCAGCUGUGCAGAGGUUCAAUCAAAGAAAAACGUCCUCGCCGGAGAACUACGAACAGGGUCUGCUUUUGUGGAUCACCCACGGAUGCGAAGCACUCAAAAAACGGAUUGAACAGGAGACUGAAUCCAAUAUGCCCAAUGGUGGAGGAGAGGGCGACAGGUUACAUUCUCCCGAAUUUCCUAAAGUUCAAGACUUCAAGGACCUCUGUGAUGGCGUAGCUUUAGCAGCUCUGAUCUCAUUCUAUUGCCCCGACGAACUUCCAUGGAGCAAAAUUCGCGUGUCAUAUCUACCGACAGUUUCCGAAAGUCUGCACAACAUAGGUCUUGUUCAAAGUUUCUGCCAAAGGUGUUUGCCCGCUUCAAUUUUUCACAUGGUGCCCGAAGACGUUACAUACAUGAGAGGGUCGAUGAAACAGAAUUUAGUAGUUUUUCUUGCCGAUCUAUUCAAUCUUUUGGAAAUAAAUCCUGCAAAGUGUGUUCGCUAUCCGGAAAUGGAUAAAACAUCAUCGAAUGAAAAGUUUGAAACAAUGUGGUGGCAGUACGUUAUCGAGGGUUUUCCGGCGCGCAAUGCGCACGGGGUGGUACAUAAGCGAAAUCUGCUGCAUUCCGUGAUGUCCCCCAUCCCGGAUUUGCGCAGUGGUCUAGAUGAUUCUUCUGCUUCCAGCGCUUUCCAAGUGAUGAAAACAACUCCAACGCACAUGCCUCUUCGCAAAACAAAUUCAUUUCAGCAAAGCAUGUCUGAAAUGAGCGAAGACAGUCUGCGAAGAGGCUCCGAGGAUUCAUUUGUCGUUCAUAGGAGUAAAAAUAUACCAACGUUGAGUUCCGUUAUAAACGACGAACCUCUGGUGCCAGCGCGACUCAAAAGUAGCAAAGAAAAGCAAAACCAUGACAGCAAGGCCGAAGAGCGGGGAGAGACAGUAGCUGCUGGACGACCUAGUAAUUGGGAGGACAGUAGAAAAAUUAGUUAUGGGGGCAGAAGGUCCCGGAGAAGUAGUGUUUCCGAAGAAUCCCAGUUAACAAUUGAAAAUUUUGGAGGCAGCCAAGACAACAUUAAUUUCAUUGGAAAAAAUCCUGAUAAAGAGGUAGCUGUACAUGUAGGUCGUAAGAUUUCUGCGCCGGCAUUCAUCGAAAAUCCGGCGGUGCGUUCGUCGGUGAAAGACAACCGUAGUUCUAUUCAGUUCGGUUACGACAAUGGCUGUGAAAAAUCGGAUGAAGACCACGAAAAACCGCAAUUGCGUCGCCAGUAUAGCGCUGGUGCUAUACCGUCCUCUUUCGGCAAACUAAACAAUAACAGUGGCAGCAAGGAGAGUAUCAAGGAUGGUUUCACCAACGAUAUAGUUGAUGGCGAGAUCAAAAACCGACUUAGUUUUGCCGAUCUAAAAAAAGACUUGAUAACAGGGGGAGGAGAAAGUAGAGCUAUACAACUAGUGUAUAUGCAACAACAGCAAGAGAAAGAAGCGACAACGAACGGUGCUCCAAGCGAAAAAAAGACUACAACAUUCGCAACAUUGCCAAACACAACUACUUGGCAACAACAGAGCUCGAUAAAUCCUCAAAAUAGCGGCGAAAAUAAUGGAACCAACGAAAAUGGUAGCGGAAGUAAUGUAAUGUCAUCUCAAUUAAACGACAUCAAAAUGAAAUUGGAAGAGAAACGACGACACAUUGAGAGCGAAAAGAGGAGGAUGGAAGUGAUCAUGAAUAAGCAGAGGCAGAAGGUUGGCAAGGCAGCGUUUCUACAGGCCGUCACCAAGGGCAAAGGUAACAUUCUUAAAAGUUCAAAUGAUACCACCGAACCUAACUCUCCUGGUGGUUCCGAACCUCGAAGUCCCUCUACUGAUACAGUUUCUAAACCACAGAGACCUUUAACGUUACAGGAAAUUAACGAUGAUGUGGUCAACGUCGAAAAGAAGUGGCUUAACCAGGAUCAGCCGUUCGUUGAAACCCGAAGGACGCCUGAUAUCGAAAAUAUGGAUUUAGAGCAGUAUCAACAAUCAAUAGCUCAAAUGAAUUCUAGUCUUCAGAAUAUACAGGUGGACAUUCAACGAUUAUCAUCACAACAAAACCAAAUCCAAGCUGCCCAGCAACAAGUCUACUCUCAACAGAUGCAAAAUUAUCCGCCUGUUUCCAAUUAUCAACAACCCCCUGUUUCACAAUAUGUACCUACAUAUACUACGCAACAAUUUACCCCUCAAGGUGCAAUAUACAAUCAUCCCCUGCAGUCGUAUUCCAGCGCUCCGCACAUUCCUCAGGCCAUUUAUGCGCAAAAAAGCGCCCCUAGUCCAAAUAUUCAACAGCAAGAGCCUCAUUUUUAUUUGCACGAUCAACCCAUGAUGACAACACCCACUCCGCAACCCACGCCACAGCGAAGAACAUGGGCCACACCACCACCCUCUGCAGAACAUGUUCCCUUCCUGCCUGAACAACCUGAAAUGAGAACGUGGAACAAACCUCAAAAUCCGAAUUCGUUCGUUUUGCACGAUGUUCCUCCAAAUGACUCAAGUAGGUUUGUGGACAACAGUCGUUUUCAAAAUGUGGUUUCGUCUCCGAAAUAUCACCAGCGAGACCAGGCGCCAAAAUAUCAACAGAAUGGCGAAGAGUAUCCUCUCAAUCGUAGCAACAGUCACCCUGGUUUCACUCUAAGCCAGCAGCACAUGGCACAGCAGCAUCUUAUCAGGGGGUCACCGUCCGCAUCGCCACAACACCGUAACAUUCAUAAACAAAUAUCGCAAUUAAUGGACGAAGGAAAACGGUCCGUUCUUUCGGCGACUUCCACCCCAGUUAGUUUGCAUCAAAUGGAUAACAGGGAGCUAAGGAAGAGUAGCAUUACUCAUGCACCGAUCCCGGCGCCACCUGCAGACGACAUGGAACCUCAGAAUAUAUCUUUCAUUGGAAGCGGUGGUGAUCCAAUUAGCGAAGGCAUUAGUAAGUUAAAUAUUACGUCCGGAACUAGGACGUAUCGAAUACCGUCCCCUACGCGACCGCUUGUAACGCGUGCUUUUCAAACUGGCCAAUCGGUUGAUCGAUCUUCUGUAGAAAAAGAAUCACCGCCGUUAGCCGCCGAAAUCACUAGUCUCGAUAAGGAUCCGACCAACGAAAAAGGUUUUUACAUUAGUUUUGACAACGAACAACCCAAAAGGCCCAAACCGCCACUUAGGGGCCGAAAAGGCUCACCGAAGAAGAGCUUCAACGAAAACCCUGACGACGUUGUCAGUUUUACUAGACAAAAUGUCGAACACCAUCACGAAGAGACCAGACAAGAGAGGCAAAAGAGUUUAGAAAGAGAACUGGCUUUAGAAAGAAUGAAACGGGACGAUCGGGAAUACGAGAGGCAAAAACAAGAGCAAAUGGAGAAAGAGAGGCAACGGGAAAGACGCGAAACUAGUCAAGAAAAGCAAAAGGUCACCGCUGCAUCUGCCAUAAUAAUAGGGAAUGAACUUAGUAAUCCUGAUCCUGACGUUAUGGACGAAAAGGAGAAGAAGAAGGAAAGAAUAAUGUUAAUGUCCCUUCAGAGACGACAGCAACAAGAGGAAGCAAAAGCAAGGAAAGAAGCAGAAGCGGAAGCCAGGAGGGAACGAGAAAAGGCCAAAGAAGAAGAACGACAAAGGAAAAAGGAAGAACAAGCGGCCAGAAGGGCAGCUAUAUUAGAACAGUAUAAAUUGAAGAAAGCGAUAGAAGAAGCUGAAAGGGAGGGAAAAGUGCUGGACAGGUCGGAGUUAUCGUCUCUCAAACCAACUCCCAAAAUGAGACCUAAAGGGUCUGUAACGAGACCUCGUCCAAAAACGAUACACAUAGACAGCGGGUCUGUUGAAAUGGCGGAAGGCAUGCUCCAGCCAAGCAGGGGUAAAAAGGGGUCAAGUUCGAACCUUACAGCAAACCAUUAUUCCUCUACUACCCCAAUCAAACGGGAUUACUACAGGGGAUCUCAGGACAGUUUAGCAGAUGCUGGACGUGUCGGGAAUAGUUUAUUAUACAGAGAUUCUCCUGACGACAGCAGGGGUGUUUCGCCCUGCAACAGUGCCAAUCAGACCCUUGGGCGCCGUGGUUCAUACAAGACCACAUCCAGAGGUCUGUAUCCCGGCGCUGCCUCACCACUUCGAGGUUGCCCCCUCAUAUCUUAUUGUUUUUAUUUUAUUUUUUUUUGUUUGAUAUUGUACCCUGUAUGCAAAGCAGCCAGCGGCUUGUGUUGUUUGUUGUUUUUUUUUGUGAAAGUCGACAUUCCUCUCUACGUAUGUUUUUAUUUUUUUCUUUAUUGUUUCUUUGUUAUAUCGCUGUACAUUUUGGAGCAUUGGUAGACAGCAAAGAGCAUUUCCUAAAGCACGAGCAGGCAUUUCAUUUGAAUAUCCAUUUCAUUUAAAACUGCCCUUGUCUCAUUGUUGUCUUGUGAUCGGAAAUAUAAGGGUACAAUUAUUAUAUCUUUUGUGGGAAAAUGUUUUGGAAUUACUUCUUGAGAGCUUUUUUCAAAACGUUGCGUUUGAAAUGUGGUAGCUUUUUGAAAUUUGAAAUUUUACUAUUUAGGUAAUGUUUUGGUCAGUUUGAAAUUGGGUUUUGUUUGUUUACUCUUAUUAUUAGUAUUAUUUAUUCAUUCGUUUUGCUUUAAAUACUGUAUAUUUUGCUUAAUAAGCAUUCGUAUAUUCCAAAUAUUUCGCUUUUUUUAUUAAAAGAUAAAUUGUACUACUAAUUAUUGCAUGGAAAAUAUUUAUAUAUUAUU